AACUUAAAAUGUAUUGUUAAUAUGACUACACAUUGCGGAGUUUGUUGAGAUAACUCAUUAUUUCAUGUUUAUUCUUUCUUAAAAAAUAAAAAGCUUUUUCAACUUAGAUUUUCAAGUCAACUGAAAUCACCAGAGUAAUUUAAACCGCGCAGGUGCCCUCAACGUCUUUUUUUAACGUGCGGUACGUCAGCGCAGGGGGCGUGUCUUCAGGAUAGAGGGCGUCCGUGAGGUCCGCCAUUUCAUGCUGGAGACAGUUCUCAAAUCUGGCGAGUUGAAUCUGGCGGGCAUUUUACCUUUUCGGGUUGUGAUCUGAGGGUGUGAGUGCUGUUAAUGCAUGAAGUGGAAAUGUAAGCUUUGCACUUACUUCACAAACAAUCGUCGAAAAAUACUUGGACAUUACAGAUCAAGCCACUCUCAUUACGGAGGACGAGUACCGAUUCCUUGUAUUUACAGUGACUGUGUGUGCUCUUUUAAGUCACACAAGGCUCUUGGAAUACAUGUGAGACAACAUGGAUUUUGCUACGGUGAAAAAGUGAAUUUUAGAGUCAGAUGUCUGCUAUGUGCAUUUAGUCAACCUGCAAAUCAUAAACAAUACUUUUGUCAUCUUAACACUCAUUUAAAAAACAAGGAAACUGUCACCUGCCCAUUUAAUGGUUGUAAUUUUAAGUCAAAAGUUUAUUCCAGUUUUACCUCUCACAGAAGUCGAUAUCAUGCCUUGGAUUUUUUACAAAAUUUUAAAGCAGAGCUUCUUUAUGGCCCACCACAUGGUGAAAACUCUGAUCCCCUAUUAGACACUGGUGGGUAUUCUUCUAAUAACACUGAGUCAGCUGUUCGUGAUAGUUUUGAUUUUCAGUCUGAUGAUGAUGAGGAUGCUGCUGAUGAUGAAGAAGAGCGAGGUAGCAUUGGUGACAAAAUUAGGAAUAGACUUGCAUCUUUGCUUCUACGAAUGCAAGCCAUCUUGCAUGUAUCUAAAUCAGCUACCCAGGAAAUAAUCAAUGAACUUCACGAAAUUGGAAUUUUAGCAGGUGACCUGUCAAAAAAAACUGCAGAAAACAUUUUUACAGAGCUCAGUUGUAAUAUAGAUGAGGCCACACUAAAGUUGUUAAAGGAAAGCUUACAGGAAACCAAUCCUUUUAGUUGUCUGUCACAGAGUGGACCACUGGGAACUGAAUACAAAAGACAGUUGUUUUACAAGGAAAGAUUCAACAUAAUUGAGCCAACUGAGUAUGUGUUAGAUCCUUUACUUAACAAAACAUUUGUUUAUGUUCCAAUUUCAGGUGUGUUGCCAGCAUUGUUGAACAAGUGUGAUGUAAUUGACAAAGUUUUAGAGGAAACAAAUCUACCAUCGCUCUCUGGUCAGUACAGAUCUUUUCAUGAUGGACUGUAUUUUAAAGAGAAUCCAAUUAUUUCUCAAGAAGAAUUAUCAAUUUCUUUAGGAUUGUAUAUAGAUGAAUUUGAAAUCUGCAACCCUUUGGGAACUUCAAGGAAGAAACAUAAAAUAACUGCUAUUUAUUGGGUAAUUGCUAAUUUGCCUGCCAAAUACCGAUCUGCCCUAUCUAGUAUAUACCUUGCCUUGCUGAGCAAUAGUAAUGAUGUGAAAACAUUUGGGUAUGCACAAAUAGUUGAACCACUGCUUAAAGAGCUUUGUACACUUGAAACUAAAGGAUUUUACAUUGAUAGGCUAGGUACGUUUGUCAAAGGCACAGUCCUGUAUGUGUCUUCAGAUAAUUUAGGAGCACAUUCGUUUGCUGGCUUUCAGGAGUCAUUCUCUGUUGAUAAAUUUUGCAGAUUCUGCUUAGCCAGUCGCAGUGAUAUUCAGAGUACAUCAGUAAGAACUGGAUGCUUUCCACUAAGAACAAAAAUAUUGCACAAUGAAGCUGUUAAGAGCCUUAAAGAGCACGAGAGCAUAGUUGUUGACGGAGUUAAGGGUGACUGUGUUUUAAAUGAACUAAAUUAUUUUCACUGCAUAACGGGCUUUCCACCUGACUUGUUACAUGAUUUGCUAGAGGGAAUAGUGCCUGUGGAGCUGUGUUUGUGUUUAAAGACAUUGAUUGGCAAGAAGUAUUUUACUUUAGAGGAACUGAAUACUGCCAUUCAGCGUUUCCCAUACAAGUUUUCGGACAAAACAAACAAACCACAAGCAAUUCCAAAGGCAUUCACGUUAAAGGGGACAAUUGGGGGGAACGGGCAUGAAAAUUGGACACUUUUGAGACUGCUGCCAUUGCUAAUUGGGGAUAAAGUACCAGAGAACGACAAAGCUUGGGGUGUCAUUUUGGAUCUUAAAGACAUUCUGGAAAUUUUAACUUCAUCUACAUUCACUGAGGAAAAACUGUUCUACCUUGAGGCCAAAAUCUUUGAACAUCGGCAGCUUGUACAGGAAGCUUUUCCUACGUUUAAGCUAAAACCAAAGCACCACUUUCUUGAACACUAUCCCUAUCUAAUUCGCUGCUUUGGUCCUCUGCUCGACUUCUGGACAAUAAGAUUUGAGGCCAAACACAGCUUCUUUAAGAAAGUUGUCCGGGAUGUUAAUAACUUCAAGAACAUUUUGGUGACUUUAGCUUCAAGGCACCAGCUCAUGUUAGCAUAUCACAUGGACAUGCCUAACAUGUUCAAACCAACAGUGGAAGUUGGAAAAAUUUCAACUGUUUCAUUUGAGAUUUUGGACCUCUUUGUGAAAGAUGCUAUCAGAAGGAAAUUUGGAUGUUUGACUUCUGUAUCUCUUGCCACAACUGCCUUUAUCCAUGGGACAAAGUACACUCAAGGAAUGUUUUUAUCCACUGGAAGCACAAGUGGACUUCCUAAUUUUGGGAAAAUGAUUAAUGUGCUAUUUGUGGAAAACAAGCCCUGUUUUGUUGUGGAACCUUAUACAGCUUGGUACCUGGAACACCUCAGAUGCUAUGAAGUCUGCAAGAACCACUCUGCAAAGCUGCUUGUAGUCCAGCCAGAGGAGCUCAAUGACUACUUCCCCCUGUCAGCGUAUAUGGUGAAAGGCAGACUUCUGAUCUCUCCAAAAGGGUUUCUGCUCCAUUGAGAUUCCAGUGUACAAAAUGUUGCUAAGAAUCAUUAUAAACAAGGAUGAUAUUAGGAAGAUACAAACUGACAGUGAGCCAGAGACUCUUGAUUCCUUUUAUUCUUUUUUGAAAUGCAAGCUUGGAUUGGGAGGUGACUUUGUAGUUCAAUUUCAAGAUCCAGACUUUGGCAAUGAGUUCUGCAACUUGUCAAGCUUGUCUGAACUUCCAAAAGAGAAGGCCACUUUAAAGGUAAUCCUCAAGCAAAUCCCCGAGUCCCCUCAGACUGACUCAACGUUGGACACGGCAAGUCUCUCGUCGCCCUCAUCGUCUUCCAUGGAGGACACUCCUUCCUGCCGUCGGCCAUGGCCUGACCCUUUUGUGAUUCCAAAAUUCUCAUACGAUGUGGAAUUGAAGCUUAAACGUGGUAAUGAAGCCUACCAGGAGAAUGGAACCCUUCUGAUUACAAAUAAAGACACUAAAUCUGAGAUACUUGAAAAAUUGGCUGAAGAAAUUUACAAAUACUCAGCAUACCCAUCUCGAGAGCAGUAUGACAUUGUUGCACAGAGCCUUGUUAAGAAACAUCCUUGCCUGAGAGAGCCUGGAUCUGUGAAGGGGUGGUACUGCUGGAAGUUCAGUUUAAAGUUUAAAAUGGGAAAUUACCGCAACAAGCUUCGUGUGUCUGGAUGUUCAGAGCUAACAGUGAAUCGCCGAAAUUCAGGACCAAAGCAGAAGCUCAAGAAAGCUAAAAAGUCUGAAGUCAACUUUCUUCCGGAUGUUCCUGAAGGCAAAACGCAGAAUGUGCUGGAAGAGGAGAGGGCAGCCAUUGUUGCAGAGAUGAAGAAGAAGAAAGUUGAUUGGAAGAAAGUUACUGACAUGAUGGCCAGCACAUUCCCUCUGCGACGAAAAGAAAUAGUUGAAGAACAACCACUUGUGGCAGAAGUGAAGGCCAAGUGGCCAGCUUUGUUCACAGAUACACAGAUUGAGGCUGAAUUUGCUCGACUAACUUCCACUGACCUGUGGGACACGUUUGUUUCUGGGCUGGAUCAGUAUAUGGAAAGAUUCUUGCAGAUGUUUAAGGCCAAGAGUCACUGCAUUCAAGCACUUAGCAGCCUCCUGUCUCUGCUUGAUGAUGAUAAUUCAGUUCAAAAGAAAAGGGCAGUCAUUCUGAGAGGUCUGCCACAUUUUCUCAGGGAGGAUCCAUCCAAACUUCUAAAGAUUGCUGAGACUACAGAGAGUGAGGAGCAGAUGGCAAAAGGAGUAAGUAUUGGUGUCUUGCUGAUACAAGAAGAGGAGGACGUCAUUGACUUUUCAGUGGUACUGGAAGAGCAGAUCAUCCUGAAUGGCAUUACUGACUUCCCCCAUGCGGUAGCUAUGCUUGUUGGUCUGUUAUUCGCACUUAAUAUUGACUACCCCAAGGAACUGCGCUACACCUUCGAGGUCAUUCAGAAGGUUUUAAUGAACAUUGGAGGUGAACAGUGUUCUGCUAGGGUUCACGGACUCAGAAACAGACUCUUGUGUAAAACUCUGUAGGUGGUAAAGCAGUCAGUGGAUAUCCCAAGAGUGUGCUGUGUUUAUCUGAAACAUACAUGUGCUUAAACUGAGCAUAAUAUUUUUUUCUGAAAUGUUAAAGACUACAUGCAAAGUUCUAUAUAAUUGAAUUGAUCAGGUGUAAAUAGGUCGUUCAGAGUGGUUUGAAGGGAUUCAUUAUAGAGAAAUUUACAGGCUUAUUUUUUUAUUUAUUUAUUUUUUUUAAAUGGUCAUAUUUUUCUUAGCUAUCCAUACUAUCCAUUAUUCAAUCUCAUUUGGCCACUCUUGACUUCUUUACAUUUUUCUUUAACAAAGUAUAAUUGCCAAGUUCCAUAAUGUAAGAGUUUAUUCUGCAAGGUCUGUUGGACUGUAUUCUGGAUACUAUGUAAGUUGAUUUCUGGUAUUCAUGGUUCCUGUUUGAGCAAACAUGCUUGUAGUUAUUAUUUUUGUUGUUUCAGAUAAAGAGUUUUAGCUCUACACUGCUGCACAACUUGAUAAAAAAAAAAUUCAGCCAAUUUAGGUGAAAGUAGGGCUGAGUGGUAUGAUAAAUAUUUUAUUACAGGGAUUGCAAUGGUCCAGCUACUAAUCCGUGGAUCAGUCCCGGGUAAUGCUGCUUACCAUUGGCAGACAGAGCCUCAGAGAGUACAAUCGGCCUUGGUCUCUCUGAUGGGGGGGAGACAGAGCUCCAUAUAAUCACCCGCUCAAUGUUUGUGAAUUAGUAACCCAAUGAUGCUGUUCAAACAGUUCAAAAAGAACCAGUGUCUGACCUAUGUUAUAUAGGAGGCAUGUGUUAGUCUUCACCCUUCUAGUGUGGGUGGGGUAAUUGAUUUUUCUAAAUUGGCAAUGCAUUAAUAUUAUUUUCCAUCAGAAAAAUGCAUAGUAGUGGCAGAUUCUUAAACAAUGUGCUGCACUUAGACUAAUUAUAACUGUAAUCAAACGUGCAAUUGGUCAGGGUGUUUUUAGUACUGAUGAAAUGUACAUUAUACACAGAUGCGUAUUAUUGCUAAUUUUAUGAUUAUACAAUGAAAUAUUGUCAUAUUGCUCAGCUCAAAGUUGUUAGCUUUCAACUAGAAUGGAUCAAACUUUUCACAAGCACAUAUAAGCUGUUAUAGGCUGUUUUUUUCCCCAACUGAGUUACUGAAGUUGUGUGCUGUUGUACAACUUAUUGUAUGUGACACUGUUAGUCAUUAGCACUGCUAGAAAAAUCUCUGUAUUCUGCCAAAUUCUGCUUAUGACUUGUACAUUAGCUAAAUUUAACUAGUAACUUUCUUACAAUUUGUGUUUUAUAAUUUAAUAAUUUAUUUUGGAUUGGACUGAGCAGGCUGUUUUUCCUUGUUUAUUAAACUUCUGAAAGUGUUGUA